AUGGAAAAUGUGGCUUCUGGUGCCAGCAGCAAAACCAUCAACGACGCUCUGACCGACCAAGAGCUGCCUCGCCCAACCCCACGCAAGAAGAGCCGACAUGGAAGAGAACUUCAUACACCUCCUACCCGCCAAGCUCACACACGAUAUCCAUUCUUUCUGCGUAUAGAUGACUCAUAG